GGAGAAGCAGGCUCCCCUCCAAGCCCGACCCGGGGCUCUGUCCCAGGACCCUGGGAUCAUGACCUGAGCCAAAGGCAGAUGCUUAACCAACUGAGCCACCCAGGCGCCCCCAUAGUUUCCUUUCCAGUAGUUGGAAUUCCCCGGGGUUAACCUGCUGACCUGUUUUUAGUGGCAAAUUAAAUCAAUAACCCACCCUUUCCAGGGGAAACCUCCCUGAGGGGAUCUGUCCUGCCAGCGCCAUCUGAUUCACUGAUGUGGUAUGUCAGAGAGGAGAGAGGCGGGUUCAGGGAGGAGGUAGAGGUUUGGCACGGUCUCAUGGGGUUGCUAACCAAUGUACCUGCACAGAGAAGGAGGUAGACCUCAGAGGUUGGGGCGCGAUGUGGUCCAUCUGGUCUCAGCACACAGGCCAGGCGUGGUGCCCAUUGUGCUCAGUGAAUGCUGAGCAGAGCAGCCUUGCUGCAGUCAGCAUAGCCGGGGCUCUGUCCUCCCCGGGCCCCAAGGAGGUGUGCAUGCUGCCCAGGGUGAUAACUGGUUGCCAGAGAAAUCCAUGAGAAGAGUGAGCUCCUGGGGGGCUGGUCUCUGAGGUAACCCACGAUGUGACAGCUGUGACACUGGGUUCCCUUUUGGAAACUUCUGGAGCCUGAGUCAGCAGAGGCAGUGAUAAGGGCAUUAGAUUUUGGCUUAGUUUUUAUGUGGGCACAAAGGAGGAAAGUCUUUUUAAUGCACUUUCUGUAUUGUUAGGUUAAGCCCUUACUGCAACGCCAAGUCACAACCUGGACUCUCCUGGUUGAAAAAGCCUUCAGCUCUGUUCCACGGAGCAGCUGUCUGUCACUUCAGACCCUUUCAGAUUUGGGUCCGGUGAGCAGGAUUGUCAGGGCAUUUCCCUCUGGGCUCCGAACAAACGGGUACAUACACUGUUGGAGCACGUGUUUAAUGCAUCUGAUGAAUAAAGUUUCAGAUUUCUAAGAACAGAGGGGAUGGCGCUCCAGGUCAGUAAAUGGUUAUUCCAAGUUAAACAUUCCAGAAAUACUGAGCACUCGAGCAGGACAGAGGCUCUCAGGGAUGGAGUUCACAAGCCCUUCAUUCUGCCCAGGCAGGAUUAGGAUGCCAAGGACUUGGAACUAGUGAGGCAGGACCGGUUCUUAGGCUUUUUCUUCAUGGACAUGGUCCUAGAUUCCCAAACUGAUAAAUGAGUCUUUUCCAGAAGACCUACUUGUUAACAAGAAGGCUUCUUUUCCUAUUUAUAGGACAAGCGUGAAUAGAAGAAAGUUGCUGGACAGGAAAAUGAAGAAAAAGACCUGGCCGGGGAGAAUGAAGUUUAAGGGCGAGGACCGACUUAGAACACCAGAGUUCUGCCCUGUGACGGAAUCGGAAGUUGGGGGACAAGGGCUGAGGGAUGGCCUCUGGCAGUGUCUGCCGCUGCCUGUCCCAAGGUCUGCUCUCAGAAAGUUCUGGAUUUCUUGAUGCUGAGUGCCUAGGGAGGCUCCCUUUCUGGAGGAGGAGCUGAGACAGGGGACCUGGCCUGAAGGCUUGCAUCGGUGGCUGGGGACAUUGCUGGAGCUGGGUCCUGCUCUCAGCACUUCAGCAACACCUCAUGGAGGGAGCUCUCCUACUUUGGAGUGAAGGUAGCUAUGAUCGAGCCUGGUUACUUCAACACUGAUGUCACCAACCCUGAGAAGAUUUCUAGGGCCACCCAGGAGGCAUGGGACCGGCUCAGCCCGGAGGUGAAGGAGCUCUAUGGGGAGAAGUUCCUGGCAUCUGGUGCAGUCCCGGAGCCUGGCAGAGCUGCCUCGCCCUCCGCAGGUCGCCUGUCUCACUGUCCAGACGUCCUGUGCAGGAUCUCAGUGCAGAGAUUCGCGGUAGCGAGUCUCCAUCCCCCUGGGGCCGCUGCAGGGUUUCUCAUUCUGGCCCCCACAGCUCCCAGCUUGUGUGAUCCCCUCACCAUGUGGCUGUCCGUGGUGGCCCUCGUGGGCCUGUACUACCUCCUGCGCUGGUACUGGGAGAGGCAGGUGGUGAGCCACCUCCAGGACAAGUACGUCUUCAUCACGGGCUGUGACUCGGGCUUCGGGAACCUACUGGCCAGGCAGCUGGACCUGCGAGGCUUGAGGGUGCUGGCCGCGUGUCUGACGGAGGAGGGGGCCCAGCAGCUGAGAGGCCAGACGUCAGACAGGCUGGAGACGGUGAUCCUGGACGUCACCAAGACAGACAGCAUCUCUGCGGCCACUCAGUGGGUGAAGGAGCGUGUGGGGGACAGAGGACUCUGGGGCCUGGUGAAUAAUGCUGGCAUCUCUAUGCCCACGGCACCCAAUGAGUGGCUGACCAGGCGUGACUUCAUGAAGAUACUUGAUGUGAAUCUCUUGGGGUUGUUGGAGGUGACGCUGAGCCUGCCGUCCCUAGUGAGGAAGGCGAGGGGCCGCAUGGUCAAUGUCUCCAGCGUCAUGGGCCGGCUGUCCCUUUUUGGUGGGGGCUACUGCAUCUCCAAGUAUGGCGUCGAGGCCUUCUCGGACUCCCUCAGGAGGGAGCUCUCCUACUUUGGAGUGAAGGUAGCUAUGAUCGAGCCUGGUUACUUCAACACUGAUGUCACCAACCCUGAGAAGAUUUCUAGGGCCACCCAGGAGGCAUGGGACCGGCUCAGCCCGGAGGUGAAGGAGCUCUAUGGGGAGAAGUUCCUGGCAUCUGUCAAGAAAUCAUCUGAAAAGCUGAAGUCAGCAUGUUGCAACAACCUGUAUUUGGUGACGAACUGCAUGGAACAUGCCCUGACAGCCUGCCACCCCCGCACCCGAUACUCCCCAGGCUGGGAUGCUAAGCUCCUCUACAUCCCCAUGAGCUACAUGCCCACCUUGCUGGUGGACACCAUGAUCUACUGGAGUUCUCCGAGGCCCAUUAAGGCUCUGUAACCCAAGCCUGGGGUGCAAGGAUGGACAUAGCCUGGGGGAGUUAAUGCCCCUCUCCACUGAAGAUACCUAAUGCCAGAACAGAUGUGAAUGGGGACAACCAGCCCGACCCAUUAGCCUGAGGAGCCAAAUCACAGACCUUGGCUGAAAGGACAUGUUUAUAAUUGGACACAGAGGACACAGAAACCAGCUAUUGGGGCGCCUCGGUGGCUCAAAACGGUUAAGCAUCUUCCCUUCAACUCAGGUCAUGAUUUCAGGGUCCUGGGAUCAAGCCCCUCAUCGGGCUCCCUGCUUAGCGGGGAGUCUGAUUCUCCCUCUCCCUCUGUGCCUCCCCCCUACUUGUGUGCUCUCUCUCUCUCUGUCAAAUAAAUAAAACCUAAAAAAAGGAAGAAAGAAAAAAAGAAAGAAGAAAAAGAAAGAGAAACCAGUUGUUGAGUUGUCUUGAAACCUUGAAGUCCAUUGAUUAUUUCUGCCUCAAAAUAAAAGUUGAAAAGUUUACUUAGGCCUGGUGAUUGGAACCGUGGCCUUGGGGAGCAGUGGGGUGUGAGUCCAUGAGAGGAGGAGUCAGGUGCCUUCACAGAGAUCAAGGGAGCAAUGGGGUAACCUGGGCGGGAUUUCAAGGUCACCCCCUUCCUUCCACAGAAGUGGGGGCUAAUGUUUCCUUUCCAGGAUUUAUCAAGUAAUGUGGGGUCACAGGAAACCCAAGGAUGGACAGACAAGGAGAAGUUGCUGAAGCACUGGCAGACCCUAGUCCUUUCCCAGGGACAUCAGGCCUGCCCCCUCAGCAGCAUCCUCUCUGCAGCCCUCUGUUCUCCCCUCCUCUAGAUUUAUGUCCCCAACUGUGGCCAUCGCCAACUUCCCCAGCCCAGAUCCCCCUUCCCACAUCCUCCAGUGGAGGAGAGUAAGAGUCACUUCUGGACCUCAGUCUUUUGUUCUCUGCUAACCUUUGUUGAGCACCUACUGUGUGCCAGGCAGGAAUUCCCUUAAUUACCCGGCACUUUCUGAGACCGUGACUCUCUCUGUCUCCACUAUUGUGAUGAUGUUCUGAGCAUGGACUGAACAGAGGAAGCAUUUGCAGAGAGUGAUGCAGAUUCCUGGGCUGAGGACAAACCAGAACUGAGCUGCCUCAUCAGUAGGUGCUGGAAAUGGCCUGGAGGAGCUGAUGGCCCCUCUCUGCUGAAGAUAUUAAUGAACAGAGGUGUGAAUGGUGUUCAACCACCAGCCCAACACUUCAGCCUCAGCUGUUGGGAGUUUGAACCAGGGGAACACUGCCUUGACCAUCAGUCUGCAGAGAGGCCCAUGAAAUGCUCCCAAGAUCAUGGGGCAGUGGCGUGUUCGUUCACGGGCUGACCUAGGCAGCGGCGCCACCGAGCAGGCCACGGGCCCAGUUCGUGCUCAGCCUCCGGGUCCCAGCGCACUGGGGGCAGCACCCGGCCGGAGCGGGAGAAGCCGGGAGAGCUCGCCGGGUGCAAGGCGAGGGACCGCCGGCUGGGCAGCAUGAGUCAGCAGCGGUGUGUAUGUGUCCAUGAGAAAAGCUCUAAAAGUGAAGAGACCUGGUUUUGAUGUAUCUUUGGUUUAUUUAACUCGAAAAUCUAUGGAUCUUGUCAGCUCUGCUCCUGGGGGUAUUCUCGACUUAAGGUUGCCACAAAACUGGGAGUGCGGAAAUGAAGAGUGUAUGACAUCACCAAUGUCUUAGAUGGAAUCGAUCUGGUUGAAAAAAAGUCUAAGAACCAUAUUCGAUGGAUAGGAUCUGAUCUUAGCAAUUCUGGAGCUGUGCCCCAACAGAAGAAGCUGCAGGAGGAACUUUCUGACUUAUCAGCAAUGGAAGAUGCUUUGGAUGAGUUAAUUACGGAUUGUGCUCAGCAGUUGUUUGAGUUAACAGAUGACAAAGAAAAUGAAAGAUAUUCUUUAACUCUGUCCUUUUUUUUAAUGUUUUAUUUAAAAUCAAUUUAAUUAACUUAUACUGUAUCAUUAGUUUCAGAGGUAGAAUUUAGUGAUUCAUCA